GAAUUCUAGUGAAGUGGACGCGAAGUAACGAAGUUCCUAUAAGAUAUUUGUUAUUCUUCUGCUUCUGAUCCUUGACUUGUAACCACCCACCCUCUCUCAAUCUGUCUUUUUCAUGACUCUUAAUUUCAAAUAAAAAGCACAUUCUUCUUGUUUCUAGCUACCUAUCCCUCAAUCCACAUCUUUGUCUGUCUCCCCCUGGCUAUCACUUGGACAUGGAUAGUGAAGUGGUGAUCAAGAGAGCAGAGAUUGAUACCAGGCCACCAUUUCGCUCUGUUAAAGAAGCUGUUACGUUGUUCGGGGAGAAAGUUCUAGCUGGUGAACUCUACGCUAAUAAGCUCAAGGAGCUGCGCGGCGAAGCAAGUGAAAAUGAACAUGGGCAGAGUAGGCUUGGAAGUAUUACAGCUGAGCUAGAGGAGACAAAGCAAAACCUCCUUAAGGCUAAAGAGGAAAGCACAAUGAUGGCCAAUUACCUCUCCUCUCUUAAACAAGAGCUUGAACGAACUAAGAGAGAGUUACGACACAUGAAGGAUCGUGAAACCGAAAAACAAAUUAUGGAGUUCGAGAUUGAAGAAGUUAAGAUUGUUGAAGAUUCAACAAAAUUUAAUGUCAAGACUCAAACAUCUGCUGAGGAUCAUCAGACAGAACUUCAAAAGAAGAGAUACGUGACAUUCGCAAAUCCACCUUCCCUAGCUCAAGUUACUGUUCCACAAAGUGUACAACUACUGGAGAGACAUCCUUCUCUGAAAAAGAAGAAGAAGAAGCCCUUGAUCCCUUUGAUUGGAGGCAUUUUUUCCAAGAAAAAAGGAAGCCAAUAAAUUCCUACCUUCACCACGUUUAUUUUUUUUGGGUAAUUUUCGUUCAUAAAGUUUGUCUGCCAGUGUCACUUGAGAGAGCUCAUGUAAUAAAAUAUAAACUCAAUCUGCGUA